AUGCCUCCAACUUCACUGGGUUUAGCAUUCCUAAUGGUCUCCGGCAUCUCACUUCUCUCUUCCUUCUUGGGCUUCUACACUCAGCUCACCCACUUCUGCUUCAUAACCCAUAUUUCAUUUCUCAUUGCCUCCUUGAUUGGGCAAGUAUUCGGCAUACUGGCCUUAUUUACAAGAGAGAAAUCUAGUCUUUCAAUGCUGAAAUCCCCGCGGGACCCAAAAGAGGCAAAGAUGUUGGUGAGAGUGGAAUGUGGGAUUUUCAUGGCAAUGUUGGUUAUGCAAUUGUUGGUGUUAGCACUGACUUGCAUGGUGCAUAGCUGCUGGGUGAGGGAAUACGAAGGAUUAGAAGCUGAGAGAGAGGCAACAGCCAAGAAAAGGAGCAGAAAGAUAGCAAGAGUUCAAGAGGAAUCCAUGGCAAAUGCAGCCAAAAUUGCUGAGAUUAAAGCCAAGGAGUUUGAUGAGAAGAUGAAGAGCAAGUAUUCAUGGUUUUUGAUGGGUGUCUUAUACUGUGGUUUUUCCUGUUGGGCUGCUUGA